GGGUACAGAGGCGUUGCUGCUCCACACACCUCCCGCUCAGCCACCAGUGCUGGGGAGGAGGAGGCAGCACGGUCCCAUGGCAGCCCAGCCGCCCACCCUGUGCCUGCUGCUCAUGGUGGGGAUGUGGGCCAGCUGCAGGCAUAGAGGAGCAGCCAUGCGCCCUGCAGAAAAGCCCACCCUGCGGCUCUCAGGCGGUGGCUGCCGCUGCGCUGGGCUGCUGGAGGUGCACAUGGGGAGCAGAUGGGGCCCUGUGUGCUGGGAUGGGGUGAGCCAGGACAGCGUGUGCCGCCAGCUGGGCUGCGGCCCUCCUACCAAGCUGAGCUUCGUGCCUCCUGACCUCGAGGAGCAGCCGGCGUGGGCUAUGCGGUGUGAGGGGACACAGAAAUGCCAUUGGGUGGCCGCCAACUGCAGCCAGUACGCCGCUGUCACCUGUAGUGAGCCGGAGCCCACCACCACCGAGCCCCCACCUGUACCUCCCACCACCAGCCCCGAGCCCACCGGUGCCCCGUGGCUGCGGUUGGUGGAUGGCAACUUCAGCUGCUCAGGCUUCGUGGAGCUGCACCUGCGGGGGCGAUGGGGGGCUGUGGCACUCAGCCCGAACGUUUGGCCGGAGCUGCCCACCCGCAUCUGCCGUGCACUUGGGUGCAACAACCCCAGUGGUGUCCCCAUUGGUUUCCCUGUGGGUGACAACAUCGGCAUCCCCAUUGGGAGUCCCAUUGGUGGCCCAGUGGCUGGCCCCAUGUUUCUGCCACCACAGAGCCGCCUGCCCGUGCGGUGGGAGGCAGUGGUGCCAUGCACCAGCCCUGAGCUGCUCGACUGCUUCAGCUGGACUGGCCACGGGCAGGGGAAAGCAUCCACCUUCCUCGUCUGCCCAGGUUCCCAGCCACGUGCUGGACGCAGGCUGGCAGGCGGCCUCACUUCAUGCGAGGGGCACAUCGAGGUGUUCCAGAGGGGCCAGUGGCACGUGCUAUGUGACGAGCAGGCUCACCGUGCUGAGCGAGGCCUCCAGCUCUGCAGGGAGCUGCGCUGCGGGGACCUCUCCUUAAGUGUUGAGCGGCGGGACCCCCGUGCCAGUGGGGUGGUCUGCAAGGAGCAUUACCUCCACCUCUGUCCCGAGAGCCCCAAGGAGGUCCAUGGAUGCUCUCGCACCCAUGUGGUCUGCCAGAAGUCCAAGCCACCUCCUGCUGGCACCGCACCCGGCACAGUGGCCAGCAUCUGCCUGGCUCUGCUCCUGCUGGGAGUCCUGCUGCUCAUCUGUGGCCCCCCCGCCUACAGGAGGCUGAUGAAGAGGAUCUCCAAGAAGAAGCAGCGGCAGUGGAUUGGCCCCACGGGGUUGCACCAGAGCGUCUCCUUUCACCGCAACAGCACCAUCACCCCGAGGGUAAGAGUGGAGGAGCAGAGGGCGCGGGGGGCAGACAAUGACUAUGCUCAGCCCCCCGAGAAGAGCUGGUCGGCAUACCCAGCCCUGGAAGGUGCAGCACGAGCUUCCAGCGCCCCAGACAACUCCUCCGACAGUGACUACGACCUGCACUCUGCUCGCAGGCUGUGAGGUGCAGAGGUAGGGCCGCCCUGUUGACGGGGUCGGUUAAUUCAGCUGCACAGAGCUGGUGGAAUAGAUGGAUGGAUGCCUACACAUCCCCGUCCCCACGGUGCUGGAGCCCACCCGGCUCACAUGGGGACCUCUCUGCGGAACUGAGCCCACCCGCACCCUUUGCUCAUCUCUGACCCUACAACCUUGGGGUGCUGCUGUGCCCCAGCCUCCCAGCGACCUUUUGCUUCUUCCUGCUCAUCCUCUCACUUCUGGGCUUCCCUCCUGCCUGGGAAAGCACAAGGUGGGGGCUGUCUGAGCUCUGCAUGCAUCUGAAAGUCUGCACCGUGGGGCCAAAGGCUGCUGCGAUGUGACCACGCACCCCGGGGCUGGGAGCAGAGACACAAAGUUGGCUGCGCGUGCGCAGGGCGGCACGAGAGCUGGGCCAAAAGCACAGCAUGGAUGGGCGGCACAGGAAGGAUGGAAACAUCGAGAAGCCAUCCAUGUAACUGGUAAUAAAGCCGUUAUUCCUGGUAA